AUCUCUGCGUGUGUGCUUGCGCCCCGCUAUCUAUUGAUCAGUUUCCCUACAGCCGCCACCAGCAUGGCCGCUCGGUGCCGCCCUGGAUUAACAUCAAAGGGCACCACAUGUGUAUAAGAGAGAGGGCUUAGCGGACAAAAAGUAACGACCAGGGGCCCCCAGGUCAUGACGUCACAGCGGGAAGGGCCCACUGGGGGCGGAGAGGGCCACCAUUACCAAUAUGUGGGGCCCUACCGGAUCGAGAAGACUUUGGGAAAAGGACAGACAGGUUUGGUGAAGCUGGGAGUGCACUGCGUGACAGGAAAGAAAGUAGCCGUCAAAAUAAUCAACAGAGAAAAGCUCAGUGAAUCAGUCUUGCUCAAGGUGGAACGGGAAAUCGCUAUCAUGAAGCUCAUAGAACAUCCUCAUGUCUUGGCACUGUACGACGUCUAUGAAAAUAAAAAAUAUCUAUAUUUAAUCCUGGAGCACGUAUCUGGAGGUGAGCUGUUCGAUUAUCUAGUCAAAAAGGGUCGCCUCACCCCCAAAGAAGCCAGGAAGUUCUUCCGACAAAUCAUUUCCGCCCUAGAUUUCUGCCACAGCCAUUGUAUAUGUCACCGUGACUUGAAGCCCGAGAACCUUCUUCUGGACGAGAAGAACAAUAUCCGGAUCGCGGACUUCGGGAUGGCCUCCCUACAGAUAGAGGGCGCCAUGCUCGAGACUUCCUGCGGGUCCCCCCACUAUGCCUGCCCAGAGGUCAUCAGGGGUGAAAAGUAUGAUGGGCGCAGAGCAGAUGUAUGGAGUUGUGGUGUUAUUUUGUAUGCUUUAUUAGUGGGUGCCUUACCUUUCGACGACGACAACCUCCGUCAGCUGCUGGAGAAGGUGAAGCGCGGCGUCUUCCACAUCCCCCACUUCGUGCCCCCCGAGUGCCAGGAGCUGCUCAGGGCUAUGAUACAAGUGUGCCCCAACAAGCGCAUCCCGCUAGAAGAUGUAACGAAGCAUCCAUGGGUGACAGCUGGAAGUAAAACAGAAUUAGAAUUAGAAUUACCGAUGAAGGAAGUUGUACAGACGCACGUGAUACCUUCUUCAGACGAUAUUGAUCCGGACGUUCUCUCGAGUAUGACGUCACUAGGAUGUUUCAAAGACAAGGACAAAUUGAUAGAGGAGCUUCUCAAAUCCGAACACAACACGGAAAAGGUGAUCUACUUUCUUCUGCUGGACCGGAAGAGGCGGAAACCUUGUUACGAAGAUGAGACGGAAGUUAUUCUUAGGAGCAGAUCGGAAUCAGUGGAUCCACCUCGGAAAAGAGUGGAUACUUGUGUGGUGAAUGGAAACUCGGGACCAAGGUAUCAGUACGAUAUUCUAAGCGAUGGUUCGCCCGUUCAACCUAGGAGGUAUCCAUAUGGACGUAGUAGCAGAAGAAGUACGAGCAAUCUGCAUAGUGGAAGUCCUUCCUCAUCCCCACUCAACUCUCCCAAACCUAACACAAGGCUAACUCCCGACGAAAGUCCUCUCAACACUCCUCCCGGUUCUCCGAGUCUAAACCCACCCUAUUGGAAAUCCCGUCUCACUACCAUCAAGAAUAGUUUUCUUGGAAGUCCACGUUUCCACAGGAGAAAGCUACAAGCCGAUGAAGUGGGCUUAACUCCGGAAUCCUCCCCAGAGCUCACGAAGAGGUCUUGGUUCGGCAGUCUCAUGACGUCAGAAAGAGAUGAAACCUACGUCAUUCUAGUCAAGGACCACCCUCUCAGCUCAGUCAAAGGAGAUUUGAUACACGCCUUCCUAUCGAUUGCUGACCUGAGUCAUAGUGUGUUAACGCCGAUGUCGUUCCGGGUGGAGUACCGGAGGCCGGGCGGCCCUAGUAUGUUCCAGAGGAAUGUCCGAUUCCACGCCGACAUCACCUCGGCCGCUGGACCCCAGGACAUCAACUCUGGAAGUCCCGGAGUUUACUGCAUCAGCUUCACACUCAUCUCAGGUCCUCUGCGGAGGUUUAAGCGCAUCUGCGAGCAUAUCCAGGCUCAGAUCCUAGGGCGUAGACCGAACACUUCCCCCCGGAUUUCUCGUCGAUCCACCAAUGAGAUGAGUGACAGCUCGUCCUGCGGCUCAGAGACACUCUCCCCUACCCUCAGGGUGUCCGACGACCUCUCGGUGGGGUCGCGUACUGGGCAAUCAGCCGCCCUAGCCCGAUGCAAGUCCGACCAGGACCAGUCGGAUCUUUUCGACAACCCCCCUGCGCACCACAAGACUGUGUCCGUGGGCCAAGAGAAAGGGGUCACUAACGGACGGCGGUCCAAUUUCGAGAACAAGACGAGGGUGUGACCAUUUGUGUUUCUCUUUUCUUGACUUCCUUUUAACAUUUGUGUCCAUGACGACCGAAGACCACUUGAGUGGAGUUUGCUUUUAUUAAACGAUUUCUGUUGCGUUUCGCCGAUAUUACAAAACAGAAAGAGAUUACGCAAUAAGUGUCUUUAUUUCCUUGGGCAGAAAAUUAUGAAAUGAAAUGUAUGAUUUGAAUGAAUAUCCAUCCAAAGAAGAAGGAUAGUUGAGAAUAGUUAUUCAAUUAAAAAUAUAGCAGCUUACUUGCUAUGAAUUAAUUAAUAAUGGUAACUUCCGAUGAUUGGUUAUUCAUUUGUAUUUGUAGAAAAUGACAGCGCAGUUGAAAAAUUGUGAAACAAGUUUGUUACAUGAGGUUUUUUAAAGCUUUUGAGGGUUGUGAUAUUUUAAACCAUCAUUGAUGAACGUACGAAGUCUUUGGCGAAGAAUAAUUUCAGUUUUAACACAUAAAUCUCGUUUUUUUUCCUGUGACAUUAAACAAUGAAAACGCAAAAGAUGACCAACAGACAUGUCCCUUUAUUGCCAUCAUACUUUGUCAAAAUAGACAAAUGUCAUUAAAUCCCUUAAUAAAUCAAUGAUCAAAUGAAUAUAACAAAAAAUGAGACUAUUCAUUUCAAGGUAAGCAAGGAACUAGGAAUGUCUUCUCAAAUUAUUAUUAUCUUAAUAUUAUUAUUUCUUUUCUGGCGAUUUCUUUACAAUAUAAAAAAAUUUAACGCUAUUGUUUCUAUUUAAUUUAUUUCAUAUUUGACUGAAAAAACUUUUUCCAUGUGGAAGAAAGUUGUUUUCCCUAACAUUUUAUUGUUUUAUUUUUUAUUUUUUUUAUUUUAUAGAGACGAAAAAUGUUGUUCAUGUACACAUUUUAUGUCACAAAAUUAGGACCAGAAGGGCAUAUAAAAUUUAGACUUCAUAAUUUUUUGAAGUAUAUUUAUUGAUCGGGACAAAAUAAAAUAAUAUUCUUUACAUCAUUUAAAUACUUUUGAAAUUAAAACAAAAAAAAUUUAUGAUGAAUCAGAGAAAUUUUUAUAGAAUAAUUCUUUGAGACAUUGCAUAGAUUAUGAAAAUUACUCUGUAUUGCACAUAAGACUUCAAUGCCCAACAAUAAUCUUUUCUGUACUCUAUUUUUUUUUUAAAAAAAAACAUGUUUCAUGCUUUAUUUUAGCAAAAAAAAUGUCUUUGUAUUAAUUGAAUUUUAAUUACUUCCACUUUAAGUUCAAGUUUUAAGGGAACUGAUGAAAAUUAGAGAGAGAUAUAGUACUAUGAACACAACGGCAUAAGGUUCCUGUAAUAAUAUGAGUUGCAUGACUAUCUGAAACUGAAACGUAAAAAUAUUUUGCUGAAGUUGCUAUGAAGUGAUCAAGUUACAUAGUAUAUUUAAUUGAAAUUUUAGAAAGCAUUAAUUUUGUCAUCCCAGCUGAUCGCCUAUGGUGACUAGUUUAAUUAUUUAAAAAAAGCUUCGCUCUGACUCAAUUAGUCGAAGUAGAAAUUAAAAAAAAUGACUCCUGUGAUUGUUCUGGUGGUCAUGGACACAACUUCUAAAUGGACAGAAUGCAUUGUGAACCGAUGUAACUGCGGCAAGCUACUGUGUUAAUGAUUUUUAUUCAUUGUGGUCAGACUACAUACACAUUUCUACAACUUCCAGAGAAUCUCACAUACAUAUUUCUGGGCUGCCCCCUCGGACCCCUAGCACUCCCCCUUCCCCCAAGCAAAUGACUCUUUCUGUUCUUGUUCAAUUAUAGAGUCGAAGCGAAAAUAAAAACAGAUUCCGUCGUCUCAGCAGCCAUCUUGUUUUGUUCCGAAUGAGCUUCGAAAGAUUGUGAAUCCGUGGCUGUUGUUUGGUUGGUGAAUUUCAAAUCUCUCUACUUUUGCGAUGCCAGAUUUUGUGCUUAGUGAAAAUAUAAUAGCUGGAUAUUUUCUCAGAUCUUGAAUUCUUGUAUUUUUGGAAGUAUUUUGAUUAAUGGAAAAAGUCAUUUGCUCUCUUUCUGAACCAAAUAACAAUAUCAAUGGCUAGCACAACAUGUAAGGUUCAUAUUUAAUUUUAUCUGUAGCUUUCUAACAGUAUUAUAGUUUAUGCCCACCUCUGAGACAACAAUAAAUAUCAAAAGUACAGCAACGGAAUUUUGCUAUCUAAAUUUUGAAAGGGAAUAAUUCGUUCUUUUUAAAACAUAUAAUUUUCUUUCACUAUUUUAAGUCAACAAAAGUUAACCUUUUGCACUCGAAUGUCUCCUCUCAGACGGUGCAUCAUUUUGACACUUUAUUUUUUUAAAGUUUUAAUUGUUGAAAAUACCUGCAGAAUGGUAAAAAGAUGUAAAUUAAUUUUUCUGGGAACCUAAACUUGAAAUCAUUUUAUGUAUUCAUUUUUGAGUGUAUCAACAAAUCCAUAUAUUAAGUGAAUAAUUAUGCAUCUAAUUACUUUUCCGUGUACAUAGGGUUAAAUUACUCAAUAAUGAAAUGUUUAUACUAACGGUCUUUCAUGAUAUGUAAACUGGAGAAACAGUUUAAAAUUACCAAAAGAAUGAAUAAAUUAAUCACUAAAUAUAAACCUGAAUCUAUAGGCACUGAUCAGAGGAAAUGUUUUAAUGGAAUUUGUAUAAAAAUGGGGUUUUCUUUAUCAAAUAUUUUCAAGGAAUUGUUUCUUCAGAUUCAUAAGUGAUGAUUUUCAUGAAAUACAUUUCGCAUUGUGUAGUAAUAUAUUAAUAGAUUCUGGUAUUUGAAAUUUUUUUUAAAGAUUCUAAAGCAAAAAAUGAAAAUUAUUUUUAAAAAUAUUCAACUUUUAAGCGACUUGUCUAUAACAGCAUACCCAAAAACAGUAUAUGCCGUUGAAAUCUCACUUUAAGAAAUCGAUUUGCUGUCUAUAAAUUUAAGAUAAUUUAUUUUCAAAAUUAAAUUCUAAUAAUGAAAAAUAAUCAUAAGAAUAGUAAUAAUGAAAAAAUUAAAUUUAUAAUCUAAAAGUAAUAAAAUUGUAAACAUUAUUAAACAUUUUUACAAUUGAUAUAAGAAAUAUAUUUAUCAUUCUUAUUUAUCUUAUCAAGCAUUUGUUAAAAUCUUUCAUAAUAAAUUUUCUAAGCGGCUUCGGUUUUCAUUAACCUGAAUUAAUGCAAUGUUAAAUUAUAAAUGUAGUUUGUUCUUUGUUAAAAAAAUAUAUUAUCUAGCCUAAAACAAUGACUAAACUUUUCUUAUUUAAAAAUUAAUCCUAUAAUAUCAAUUUACUUUCUGAAAUAUAUUCUAGUCAAAGAUAUUUUAUGGUAAAUCUCUCCUAUUCUAGUCAUAAACACAUUUAUUUAUUAAGCGAAAAAAUUUCGCUGUCAAUGUUUUUCUUUAAAUAGGAAGUACAGUCUUCUUUGAUUAACCUAUUAAAGAGAUACCACUGAGAUUUAUAUAACUAAUAAUAUUUCAUCUGCUGGCUUCAAAUAUUAAAAGACACACUUUUCUCAAGUUGGGUAUUAAAUAAUCAUUAACUGAAAUUAUUGCUGUUGUCUUGUAAUCACUGAAAGUGAAUUGAUGAAAAAUAAUGAAUAAAACUGCCAGACGAAGUAUAGUGAUAAUCACAAGAAAUCUUAUGAUCCAGCUUGUUUGAUGAUUUGUUGACAUAUCAAUAUUUCGAUCGGAAAGUGUUGAAUCGAGGAAUUCGUUUGAUAUCAACUAAUUUGGUUAUUUAUUUAAAUGGGAGUAAAUCACACUCACUUAAUUAAUACACCACCAAAUGAAACAUAUUACGUUUCACUUUAUUCAACUGAAAAAUCAUUAAAAUAAACAACAUGUAUUGCUUUAAUUAUACAGACUGUCGAUAUAACUACUGGCAUAUUUUUGAUAUAAUUUCGCUUUCCUUAAUUUUUACUGCUCAUUUUUAGCAUCAACAAUCAAUCAUCCAUUGCCAUCCACUGUACACAAUAUAUGACAUAAAAUCUGUCACAAUUUCAUUGAUUAAUACUCUUACAACAAUGCAUGUAUUAGUCAUUUUAUAAAUGAAAUGACUAAACUAUUUGCUAAUUCAUAUUAUAUGUUAUGAAAUAUUAGCAUGGUGAUAUUACUAUAGGUGAAAGAUUAAGGUGGUUUCUGAUUAAAAAAUUUAUAUUAAAUCAGUUUUCUAUAAAUUCUAACCUGCAAUUGGCCAAAAAUCUAUUGAUUAUUGAGCAAUAAUUAUCAUGAAAAGUUUUAUGAUACAAAAAUUCCAAAUAAUACUUUUUGCACAUAUUUUCAAACCAUCUUUCGGAAAUGUUUUGCUUCUUUUUUAAAGUUUUUACUUCAAUAGAUGAAGGUUGGUUUAUUAGCUCCCAAAUUAAAUUAAUACUUACAAUAUUAAAAGAUUAAAAAAUGUUUUUAUUUAUCUUUUCACCAUUCAAAAUAUCUGCAUCAUAUGCUUUAUAAUUAUUGACCAGAUAUUUCAAUGUGUAUAAGUUUUAGAAUUUUUAUUUUUACUAAACAGUAUUGUAUUUUGAGCAUUUGCACAGUCAUUUAGCAUCCUUUUAAUUUGAUGGAUAUGACAACAUUACAUAGUAGCUAAGCAGUAUCUGCCAUUCUAAUUUUUUAAAAAAAGGAAUAAUUUAAUUAUAAAGGGGAAAUGUAUCAUAUUAUUUCUACAAGAGGGGAAAAAGCUUUUAUAUAAUAAAGGAUAUUUUUAAUUGUCAUUCAUGGCAUAUACAUCAAUUAAUAUAUUAAAACCCUUUUUGUUUAAAGUUAAUUCAGAAUCGGGGUUGAAAAUCUAAAAAUACACUAAUUCCUUAUGUGAUUAUUACACUAUAAAGUAUCUACCCUUCUAUUUUAAUAAAAAAAAUUAGUAACCUUUUUAUUACAACGUGCAAUACAUCAUAUUAUUCCUAAAAGAAAAACAGGGGGGGGGGAGCUUUUACAAAAUAAUAGAAAAUAUUGCAUUAAUAUUUUCAUUUCCAUUUUUAGCGCAUUUAUUAAUUAAUGUUUUAAAAGUUUUCUUUUAAAUUUAAUUCCUUCCAAUGCUCGGAAAUCCUUAAAAUAAAAUAUCCUUGUGUUGUUUUAUGAUCUUAUCACAAUGCUUCAAAUUAAUUACCAUUGCAGUCAUGCUUUUUACUAAUGAUUUCAUAUGUAUAUAACAAAGUUAUAAGAGGAAAGAAAAUUAUAAGUGGAAAAGAUCUGAUGAGAAUCGGUUUAAAAUUGAGUUUCUGUAUCAAAUAUAAGACAUUAUCUCAAAAAUCAUAGUAUUUUCCACUAUAUUAUUAAGUACGGUUAAAAUAAUGAAAAAAUUAUGACUAUUUUUUUGGGAAUCCAGACCACCUUAAUCUGCCUGUUUCGUAAAUGAGAAACGAAAUGCAUGCAUGCGUGUGCCAUUUAUUCAUCCCCACAAACGCUUCUGUUCAGAAUCAUUCCGAGAUUCACAUAAGAGAGCUCGCACCGAAUGCUGGGGCGUCCGAUGCAGCCCGCGUGUUCUUCUUGUAUAUGGUACAUAAUGUAUUAUAUUUAUUUAUGGAUAUUUGUCAUUUCAAUGUUAUUUUGUGGUUCGACUGGAAGAGGGGGGGGGUCUCGUCCCCUUCUGACCAUUCGCGACAGAAUACUUAUACCAGGACAUGUUCACUGUUGAUAGAUUAAAAUGAUGAAAAAAUACAUGUUUCACCUAACCUCUA